GAGUCAUACACACACACAUGCUGAAGUGAACCACAGCAAUGGGCUGCACUGGAAGAUCUGAAAUCUGAUCACACACAAUUUAUCUCUCUGAUUAUCUCUAGUACAUACCUCCGCCUGUCUAUAUAGACAGACACACAUACACAGAGAACAAGGCAGGAACAGUUUCAGCCAUACCAUCACCACCUAACAGAACACCUUAUCUCUUCUUGCUUCACACACACACACACACACACACACACACACACACACACAGAGAGAGAGAGAGAGAAAGAGAGAGAGAGACUCACAAAUCUCUUUCUCUCCUGGCUUCCCCGGAAGAUUCUGCUGGCUGUUUUUCAUGGAGAAAGUCCAAGGAGAAAUGGAGAUUGAGAGAUGGGAAAGAAACGAAGAGAUGUCAGACGCAGAGAAAAAGGUGAUUCAGGAGACAUGGAGCAGAGUGUACGCGAACUGCGAGGACGUUGGGGUCUCCAUACUGAUCAGGUUUUUUGUCAACUUUCCAUCUGCCAAGCAGUACUUCAGUCAAUUCAAGCACAUGGAGGACCCACUAGAGAUGGAAAGAAGUCUGCAGCUGCGUAAACAUGCCAGGAGGGUCAUGGGGGCCAUUAACAGUGUGGUGGAGAAUAUCUACGAUUCGGAAAAGGUCUCCUCCGUUCUAGCCUUGGUGGGCAAGGCACAUGCUGUCAAGCACAAAGUCGAACCAGUCUACUUUAAGAUUCUGACUGGUGUUAUGCUGGAAGUGCUUGCAAAAGAAUAUGCCAAUGAGUUCUCCGCUCCAGAGGUCCAGAGAGCCUGGGCCAAGAUGAGGAGCCUUAUCUACACUCACGUGACUGCCGUGUACAAGGAGGAACCCCCAGGUGACAGCAGUGGCAGCAGCAGCAGGAGCAGCAGCAAAGUGACAGAGCUCCUCCCACAGACCUGAAAUGCUGUUUCUCAAAGAGGAAUAAACUGGCACCGGAACAUGAUAGCACCCAAGAGAACUACAUCUGUCUCCUUUAAUUAUCCCGUGUACAUAUUAGCGAGGGGAAGUGCUUUAUGAUUUCUAUAGCUAAGGCCAGCAAAGUUAUAGAACACCAGGUGUGCACAAGCACUCUCCUUGAAGUAUAGACAGGCAAAUUUAAAUCACGUACACUGUGACGGGGGGAGGGAAUAUCUUUCAUUUCCCCAGGGGGAAAAAUAAACAUUCAAUAGAUCACGACUGUUACGGUUCAUACACGUUUAUAGCUCUGGAGACUUUUUGUCUGCCUUGCAGAGGGCAUUCCAUCAAAUAGCACUGAAUUUGUUUGUUUCCAUCUUUUGUACUAAGGUGAGAAUUUAAAGCUCUAGUAUUUGAACUCUGCAAGUACUUUUGUGCCCGUAUACCACUUACGAGUAAAUCUGUGCCCUUUGUUUGAUUCAAAACACUAGUGAUGUGUGCAUAAGUGCUUGCAGGAUCUAGGUCCAGAAUUGUAUCUGCAUGAUCCAUCCAGAGCCAUGUCCUUAAUGGAAUACAUUUGAUCACAGCACACCUAGCCUAGACCUUGAAAUCUUAACUAUGGGUCAAAUUCAAGUCUUGUCAUUCGUUUCUGCUUUUCUCUGCUGUUAACUCCUCUGGACUGGAGUUUCUCUAGAAUUAUAUCGACAGUGUUUCCAACUCUCACUGUUUUGUCGUGAGUCUUGUAUUAUCUAGUGCUUCUUCCCCCUUACAGAUCCGAACUCCAGGAGUCAUGAGAUUACAGGAGAGUCUUUCAAGGAGAUUUAGCCAAAGUUUGAAUAUGUAAAGUGAAUGCAACCAAAACCAAAAUGAUAUAUUAAAAGAAUAUAUUGAUACAUGCAUUUCUAGACAUCUCAUGAUGCCUAAGACAUUAUAAUGGUGUAUAUGUGUGUGCGUGUAUGUGUGUGUGUAAGAGAGAGAUAGAGAGAAAGAGAGUGUGUAAGGCUGAAUCAUGAUUUUUAGCCAAGCCUAUAUAUGUUGGCUCAGACUUAAGGCCCAUUUAGUUCCACAGGUCUCAAAAGUAAGUAUGCAUGGCAUGUGUCUUUGUUACACAUUUAGGCCAUUAACCCUACCCUGUGGACUUUUAUAACUGAGUAAUUCCCAUGGAAGGAAAUGUGAUUUAUGCAGGCUUAACUGUGCACAGGAUUACUGCUUCAGAGUUAGCAAUACUGCAUCAAGAUAGGCUCAGUGGGCUGUAUCCAACUGUGUCCUUCUAGCAGUAGAAAGGACCCCACUAGUGAAUCUUAUUCCCCCUUCUCCCUGAAUUCCCUUUGCCAGUCCCAAAGCUCAUACAGAAGGUUAGGGUACCCUCCAGAACGGAUAGGGGGCAUGAUAGGGGUUGCAAGGGGAGGAAGGGAAAAGACAUCUGCAUUACAUGAACAGAAACCAUUCACAUAAUGGUGGAUUUAGUUCAGAGUUGCAAUCUACUGUAAAUUAUUUUCCUUUUAAUUCACUAUGGUGAGAGUUAGAAGGAUGCUUACCUUUGAUGAAUUCCAGCAACUAGGCUUGCCACCUGACCAGGAAAAAAAACCACCUGGCUUGGUUCCUCCUAUACCUUUAGUAGAGACUUAAUCUGCACAACUCAGAAGGCCCAGAGUUUUAACCCAUGGUUUGUUGUUGGAUUAAAACACUGGGUUAUUUAAUCCUCUAUAACCCAGAGUGCUGGGUUCUGAUGUCACAACUAACAACCCAGGAAUGGAACAUUGCUGGGUUGUUCACAAACCCUAAUCAAAUGCACAUUAUUCAGCUAAAAUAAAGGUGCAUUGGCAGGUCACUUAAAAAAUAGCAUUGUUCAAAGGCUAUGAACUUGGUAGCUGAGAUCUGAAACGGAUCCAGAAUUAAACUAUGAUCAUAUGCCGUAAUCAAAAUGUACUUUAAAGUUCAUUUUCAAAGCAGAAGGAAAUAGUAUUUUUGGAAGAGAAAUAUACAGAUGCAGUAACUGAUUAGCCUUUGAAGCACUACUUCAGAAUUUAACUUUCCAGCCCCAUGAAUUUCAAUCCAUAACAAUCCCUCUUGGCUUCUCUUUCUCUCUCUCUCUCUCUCUUUUUAAUGGUGGUGGGGAGAGCCUGACUGUUAUAUUCCCAUACACAGAAAUCAACUCUGUCUAUAUAUAUAAUAUAUAUAUUUAUCUAGAGCUAUAUUCAUUUGAUUAAAGUGAUUUUAUUAUAAAUAAAUAAAAAAGAAACAGCCAAGUAAGAAUGAAAAACAGAAGCAAAAACACCGCAUAUGCAUCAUCUUGCCUGUUGUAAGCCAGAGAUGGGAAAUGAAAAGCAGCAGAAGGCAGCAUAGGUAGUUUAGAGCUCAUGCAAGCAGAGUGCAAGGAAACCAUAGGAUGUAGCUCUUUACUGACUCUCACACAUUCAACUCCAUUCCUUCCAAGCCUGUUCUAAACAGUAGGGUCCUUGAGGGCAGGAAGCUGUUUGUCAUUUGGAUUGUCUGUUAAACUGCCAUGCACACAAAAUGGCACUGUAUAAAAUAAUAAAUAUUAAUACAUAUGAUUUAACUGUGUAUUUUAUAAAAUAGGCUUUUGGUGCUAUGAAAUGUGAUUUGUGAAUGUUUUCCUCCCUUGUUGUACCAAAUCCUCUUGUUUACUAUCCAACGUACUGGUUGAUCCCUGCUGUAAUUUUCCUCUGUAUUAUUUGUAUGACUUAUGUAUGCUGCCAAUAUGCUGUCUUGUGGUUUUGUUUAAUCUUUAUACAUCUGUUCCUUGUUA